AUGGCCAGAACAUACAUAAGGGCAAACUUUGAUCGGCUUAUGGAAGACAUAAAUAAAAUCAAAAAUAGGGUGAAGGAGUAUCUGUUUGAUAUAGGCUAUGAAAAAUGGUCUAUAGCUCAUGCCCAUGUCAACAGGUCAAUGUUCAUGACUUCAAACAUAGCAGAAUUCGUAAAUCCAGCAAAUAGAGAUGCAAGAGACCUGCCAAUUAAAAAAUUCCUACAAUUUAUGAUGGAUCUGAUCAUGAGAUGGAAUAAUGAGCAUAGACAGCAUUCAGAAGCAACAUUUACAGAACUGGGAAACAAAUACAAUAUAAUAAUGAGGAAAAAUCUCAUUCUAUCAAAUAAAAUGAAGGUGAUGGGUUCUACUCACUAUUCUUAUGUAGUCAUUGAGGAAACUGGAAAACGAAACAUUAUUUGCAUGCGUGAAAAAAAAUAUUCCUACCUACAAUUUCAAGUAGAUGGCAUACCUUGUCCACAUGCUAUGGCGGUCCUAACUUAG